GUCAGUGUAUUUUCCUUUUAUGUAUUACUCCAUAAGAGAUCAACUUAGUGGUACAAAGACUACAAACAGCAUAGUAGACGUUCUUUACUUUUGUACGGUGACCAUGACUACAGUUGGAUAUGGUGACUUAGUCCCGCAAAGUUCCCUUGCUAAGCUCCUCAUUUGUGCUUUCAUCUUCUGGGGGAUGGCUUUGGUAGGGCUAGUUCUCACUCGAGGUGCAAAUUAUCUCGCUGAGAAGCAAGAAUUAUUGCUCGUUAGGGCAUUACAAAUGCGCAAAAAACUUAUUCGCCCAGGUGAUAUUAUGAAGGAUAUCAUGGAAACAAGCAAAGUUCAACAAAAUUGCAUUGUGGCUGUUGUAGCCCUUCUUUUACUUAUGAUAUGCGGGACUGUUUUCUUGAUGCUGGUUGAGAAGUUGGAAGCUGUUAAUGCCUUUUAUUGUGUUUGUGUUACAAUCAUGUCCUUGGGAUAUGGAGAUUAUGGCUUUUCUACUGAGGCAGGCCGUAUUUUUGCAAUUUUGUGGAUUUUGACAACCACUAUAUGCUUGGGGCUAUUCUUCCUUCAUCUUGCUGAGCUUAGCACUAAAAGGAGGCAAAAUGCCGUAGUCAGGUGGGUUAUUACUUGGCGUGCAACUAUUGUAGAUCUUGAGGCUGCUGCUACAAACAUCGAUGGAGGUGUAGAGUAAGUACAAUGAGACAAGAAUGAUGAUAUCUGAUGCUUUCUCAUAAGAAAAUAAUGUAUCCUCAUUUCUUACCUUUGGUUUCAAUCUAAUUAUUUUUGAUAUAAUACCACAUUCUUUGA